GGCUCCGCCCACCGCCGCUGCCGGAGGAGUAAGCUACACGUGGGUGCCCGCGAUGCCCAAGUCCAAGCGAGACAAGAAGGUCUCCUUAACCAAAACCGCCAAGAAAGGCUUGGAAGUUAAGCAAAACCUGAUAGAAGAGCUACGAAAAUGCGUGGACACCUACAAGCGUCUCUUCAUCUUCUCCAUUGCCAACAUGCGAAACAACAAACUGAAAGAUAUCCGCAGUGCAUGGAAACACAGCAGGAUAUUUUUUGGGAAAAACAAAGUGAUGAUUGUGGCCCUCGGCCACAGCCCUUCAGACGAAUACAAAGAUAAUUUGCACGAGGUCAGCAAGCAUCUGCGAGGAGAAGUCGGCCUCCUUUUCACGAAUCGCACCAAGGAUGAAGUUAUAAAGUGGUUUUCCCAAUUCAGAGAGACUGAUUUUGCCCGGGCUGGAAACAAAGCCACCUUGACAGUCAGUUUGGAUAUGGGACCCCUGGAGCAGUUUUCCCAUUCCAUGGAACCCCAACUGAGGCAGCUUGGAUUGCCCACGGCCCUGAAAAAAGGCGUAGUGACGCUUCUCUCCGAUUACGAGGUUUGCAAAGAGGGGGACAUCCUGAGCCCAGAGCAAGCUCGCCUCUUGAAACUCUUUGGAUACGCAAUGGCCGAGUUUAAUGUUGUGAUCAGGAGCAUGUGGGAUGCCGAGACGGGAGAAUUUGAACAGCUGGAGACCCCCACAGAGGACACUUCAGGGGAGAUGGAAGAGGAAGAGGAGGAAGAUGCAAAUAACGAAGAAAACUAGGGAAGAAGAAAUACCAAUAGACCUUGGGGGCGGGGUUAAGAGUUUCCUAACUCCUGCUCUCUUCUUAAUGGAGGACUGAACUAAUCAAUGAUAUUGUCGUAAUAUGACUUUUAAAAAGGGGGUGUAUAUAGAUUUAUAUAUGAAUGCCUAUAAAACGUAUAAAAGAA